CGCGGGAUUUUCAAAUUGAAUUCUGUAGUGGUGAUUUAUGUGUUACUAAAUAUUUGCUUAAUUUUACCUUUAUAAGAUUAUAGCAGGAUCUGAACCAUAAACUAAUUAGAGGUUUGAAUAUGAUCACAAAACUGAAACAUUGUGGUAGACAGUUCUCAAAAUUAGCUGUAAAAUCUUUUGAAGACAUCCCUUCACCGAAAAAGUGGCCAGUUUUGGGACAUGCAUAUUUGUUUCUUCCCAGAGGACCAUAUAAAGUAGAGAAGAUGACUGAGGCAAUGGCAGAUUUGAGCAGUAAACUGGGACCAGUUUUCAAACUUUACUUGAAUGGAGAGCACAUAGUCAUAACGAAGGAUGCAGACGACACCAAAGUCAUGUACCAGCAUGAAGGGACAAGACCUCAUAGACCACCAUUUCCUGCUCUUUACCACUUUCGGAAACAUAAAUUCAACAGUGUUGGGAUUGUCCCUGGAAAUGGCAAAGAAUGGUAUCAUUUUAGAAGAGCAAUGAACAUUCUACUCAAUACAAGCAUGUUACAAACCUACAAAGACAAGCAGCAGAUGAUUGCCAACAGAUUCACUGAUUAUAUAGACCGCCAUAAAGAUGAAAAUGGAAAACUUUUUGAUUUGUAUGCACAUCUAACAAAAUUUUCAAUUGAAUCAAUAUCAGUAAUAUGUCCGGGAAGACUCUUCCCAUGCCUGGACUCAGAUCAGGGCCAUGUCUCAGAGCUUGUCCAGGCCAAUGUUGACUUCAUGGAUGGACUCUAUCAAACACUGAUUGAACCUCCUAUUUGGAGAAUCUACAAGACGAAAGGAUACAGAAAGCUGGAAAAUGCUCACAUGACAAUGUACAGGUUGCUAAAAGAGAGAAUCAGUCAAGUGUUUGACGAAUAUCAGAAGGGAAGUUUCCAAGAUCAACCUGUGAUGGAGGCGCUCUUCAGCAACAAGUCUCUGACUUGGGAUGACAUUGUAAUGCUAGUGAUGGAAAUAUUUACUGGAGCAAUCGAUGCGACUUCAACCACAUUAGCCAUGACAUUGCAUUACCUCUCAAAAGACCCAAAACUUCAAGAGCUGGUCCGGAACGAUAGUUCUCUUAAGUUGACACGAGCGUGUUUGAAAGAAACCCUCCGAAUGUCACCCACUGCGGGCGCCAACAGUAGAUACCUGGCCAAGGACGCUGUUAUUGGGGGUUAUUCUGUUCCAGCGGGAACACUAGUAUCAGCUUUUAACUCUGUGUCUGGUCUUGACCCGGAAUAUUUUGAAUCCCCAUCAUCAUACCAACCCGAGAGAUGGCUGAAAAUUGCAAAUCAAAGUGAUAAAAAGAUUCACCCGUUUGCAUCUCUACCAUUUGGCCAUGGACCAAGAACCUGCCCCGGCAGAAGCAUAGCAAUGACAGAGAUGACCAUACUUCUCUCAACUGUGCUGAAAAAAUACAAUCUACAAAGUUGCAAUGAUGAUGCAAUUGGUAUGAUCUACAGAAUGAACAGAAUACCAGACAAACCAGUGACUGUCAGUUUCUCUCCACUCGUGACACGUAAGCUGGCACUUGGGCCUAGCACAGGCAGUGUAGCAGGGGUGGGUGGUGGUGAGGAAAAGACCGGACUGCAAACAUUUCCGCUGACUCAACAAGUUGACUCCUCGUGUUUCAUGUACUUGAGCACCUUCACGAGGGUUGUGAGGACAAUUUACGCAACCCUCACGAUGGCACAUAAUGUUUUUGAGCAAGAGGCUAGUAGGGAUCGGUCAAGUGCCAGCUUACAAGCCAAGAGCUAA